UGAUGUACCGAUUCUGUUGGAAAAGGAAAAAAGGCAAAACUAAUUUAUGAGUUAUCGGAAAAUUCCAGCCAGUAGAUAGUAACCUGUCCACAGAGUAGAGUGAUUUUACUUGACCCGUGAAACAGAUACUAACAACUGCUGCAAAACAGCUACUAGUAAACAACAGAAGACAAUGGAAUUAGUGCAUAAUAGUGCAUAAUAUUCUAUCACCUAUUUCACGGGUUAAGUAAAAUCACUGUAAUGUUUUUCAUGUAGUUAUAGCUAAGAUGGCACUGGCUCCCUUGUUAGCUAAGUGCUCAGGUAUGACUAUGGUUUUUGUAUAUGACCGGCUACCCUCUGCUUUCUUUGUCCUUCUUUCUUUCUGUGCCACUCGGCGAAGUUAACGCCGGGGAAAGCUUUUUAAUUUGCAGUAAGAAUCAGGGACAUCACGAAAGGAAGAUAGGAAAAAAACGAAUAUAAAGGAAAUCAUGGGAAAAGAAAGGUGUAAACAUUAUGAAAUUACAGUAUCAUGUAAUUUUAUGCUAACGCGCGCAACUGAACUUCCGUUUGUUGUCUUUUACAAGUCUGUGAUGGUUGUUUCAUAACCACGAUACGAUUGUUCAAUUCUUUAUUAAAUUGUGCUUGUAGAGGAAGGUGCCAUAGCCUGGAGUAGAGUGGGCUGUUUGCAGUUUUAAUAAAGGUAUUCCGUGUAUUAUUUCAUAGUAUUUCAUGGAAUUAUUAUUAUAAAGAGUACUUUAAAUAGUGCUUUUCAGGGAGAAAAAAACACAACGGGGAAGAAUGUUUCAAAUGGAAAAUAAAAAGUUGUAAAGAACCCCAUAUGACUGGAACCAAGCCUUUUGGCUCUUCAUAAGUGCAACUCGUUUUUGAAAUCAUAGAAAAGGGGAAACAACUUCAGCUGCAGUUGAAUGAGAGGAUCACCCUCUUAGAGCACCUUUAAUAGUAAGUAAGUAAUUUAUUUAACCAGGGUAGCCCAUUCAGCAACGAGGCUGGUAUCCAUAGGAACCCUGAGAAGUAAAGAUGUAUUAUAUUUAAAAGUUAAAAGAGAAUUAUACUGAAUUAUACUGACAAAAAUGUCAUUAUAAAAAGUGUGUGCCAAGAGAUAAGAAAUAAGAGUUAUAAGGUAACCGCGGCAGGAUCAGCUCAGUCGGUAGAGUGCUUGACUGCAGAGCGGAAGGUCGCGGGUCCGAUUCCCGGGGCCGGAUUAAUACUCAGGGUCUUAACAUAACUGAGAAAUGAAGGUACUCCCUCUGCGCUACAAGCGGCUAGACUUUCUCGUGGCUCGGAUGACCGCGUAAAAUGGUGGUCCCGUCUCUAGUAAAAAUAGUGUCCCCAAUUGGUACUUUCGUGCUAAAUACCCUGACACCAUAGGC